AUAGCGACCAGUGGUCCGUUCAAAGUGCUAAAGCUGGCCGGAAGUAUAGACCGGAUGUAGUUUCACGUCGGACAGUUUUUGCUGGUGCAACGUUCUCGCAGUGAACAGACAUGGCGUCUGGUUACCUUCUAAAUCGUGGUGCGCUAACAUUGAGAAAUAAUUUGCAGCGCGUUUGCAAAAAUGUGGUAUAUUUACAGAUUCGAGAGAAAAAAAGAUGGAUGAGGGCAUACACACAUUUAAUGGCCAGAAAAUUAAAGAUUGAGGGACCGCCGCCACCGCAGCCACGCUCUCAAAAGCUCCUGUGGGAUUACCACGCUGAGGUGCAGGCUUUCAGCAACCGCCUGCAUGAGAACUUCCCAGUGGAGAUACUCAAAAGAGCCUUCAUCAACCCAUGUUACAUUCAUUCAGAGCAGGAGAGGCGAGAAAAAUUAGGCAUGGACUCUGAGACUACAGCUUUAGUUUUGAAAGAUAAUAUUCAGCUGAGUGAAAAAGGAGCAGAUUUCACCAAAAGCUUUCUGACUGACUGGUGCAGGGUAAACUUCCCAAAUCUGCCCAGUGAGGGGGUGGAGAGCAUUGUAGUGCACCUUAACAGUUUGGAGGUUGUGACCUAUGUAGCAAGAAAUCUGGGCAUUGAAGACCUCACUAUGAGUGCAGACUUUCCAGUUCCUGAUGCUGUCAUGUAUUCUACAUUCAUGGCAGUGAUUGGAGUUUUACAGGAGAGUAGUGGUUCAGAGCGGGCAGGAUUCUUUCUCAGGGAUUUCCUAGCCACUCAGCUGAUAGGAAAGGACCUGUUUGACAUGUGGACAGUGGUCAAUCCAAUGGGACUACUGGUGGAGGAGCUUACUAACAGGAACGUCCCUCUGCCAGAACCUCGCCUCAUCAGGUCUGCUGGUGCCAGUACUGCUCUGCCACUGUUCUUUGUCGGCCUGUACAGUGAUAAGAAACUUCUAGGACAGGGCCCAGGGGAAACAGUGUUAGCAGCUGAGGAAGAAGCAGCUCGUGUGACUCUUCGGAAACUGUAUGGCUACAGUGAAAAUCGCAGGCCAUUUGAUUUCUCUCCAGCUCAGCACCUUCAGCCACCAUUAAUUCAGUCAAUGGGUUCCAACUGAUGAAUAAUAAACUGCUGUACACAUAUGCCACAAAAUAAAGAAAACACCUGAGUAGAGAUGGCUGAUUCCCUUUACGUCCACUUCAAUUUCUUCAUUUGUAACAGCACAGAGGUUGAGCAGUCAUUACAAAAAAGCAUUGAAAUCCAUUUUGCUUUGUAAAUAACCACAUAUCUACUUUGUAAACUUGUUUCAUUAAAAUGUCCUGUGUAUAUAUUA